UGGUAAUUUCAGUGAUUGGGGUCCCUAUGACACACUUUUUCCAUAUAGCCCAAGUUCAUCUUCCUUUCUAUCAGAUAGCGUGGUUUUCAUGCACUGUGAAAAGCCAGUGAAAUCACCGGGGUAUUUGAACAUUACUGCUUGUUUUGAAACUGAUGGGGUAUAUUCUUCCAACAAUUCGUCGUCCAAUUCCAAGAAGUAUAGAUAUUUUUUUUUCGAUAGCCCGUCAUAUGGGGAUGUGAAGGAAUCAUACCAAGUAGAGCAAAUGUCUCUAUCGCCACGGCCAGGUCGAUACGAUCGGUACACAAGAAAUAUCUCCUGUACAGAUUUGGAAGAACUAUUGGCAUUUGGGUUUAUAUUUUCAUGGUACCGAGUUUAUUGCGGCAGCUGUCGAAGCUGGGGUGACACAUGCUACGUCGAUGAGGGGAAAAAAUUUCACUGUCGUCCUCGAAAUGGAUUUAUUGAUUUCCUAUAUAAAAUGUACUACAAAGCAACGGACAAACUAGAAGAUACGAUCAUUAGAUCUAUAUUAACUGAUCGUACAAUGCAACACCUCUUAUAUUACAAAGAUCCUCCGACCGAACUUCUGAUGUUGAUGAUCAUCAACUAUGGACAAUUCCUAGCUGCAAAAUGUAUAUUUGGAACUCCAUUUGUGAUUGCCUUCUUGAUAUAUAAAUGGCGAAGGAGACAUUUAUCGAUGUAUGAUGGUGUCGAAGAAUUUUUGACAAGCCACAACAACCUUAUGCCAAUAAGGUACUCUUACUCAGAAAUUAGAAAAAUGACCAAAAGUUUCAAGGAUAAACUUGGAGAAGGUGGCUAUGGCACUGUCUUUAAAGGAACACUUCGAAGUGGCCGACUCGUAGCUAUAAAGAUGUUAGGUAAAUCCAAAGCUAAUGGGCAAGAUUUCAUCAGUGAAGUUGCAACUAUUGGAAGGAUUCACCAUGUUAAUAUAGUGCAACUUAUUGGUUUUUGCGUUGAAGGAUCAAAGCACGCUCUUGUAUAUGAGUUCAUGUCUAAUGGGUCUCUAAAUAAACACAUUUUCUUACAACAAGGAAGUAUCCUUUUAAGCUAUGAGAAAAUAUUUGACAUUGCUCUCGGAGUUGCUCGUGGGAUUGAAUAUUUACAUCAAGGUUGUGACAUGCAAAUUUUGCAUUUUGAUAUCAAGCCCCACAAUAUUCUUCUUGAUGAAAGUUUUAGUCCAAAGGUUUCUGACUUUGGAUUGGCAAAAUUGUAUUCACUAGAGGAAAAUAAUCUUUCUCUAACUGCUGCAAGAGGGACGUUAGGAUACAUGGCUCCUGAGUUGUUCUAUAAAAGCAUUGGGAAUAUCUCAUACAAAGCUGACAUUUAUAGUUUUGGAAUGCUAUUAAUGGAAAUGGGUGGUAGAAGAAGGAAUUGGAAUUCCUUAACAGACAAUUCCAGCCACGUUUACUUCCCAACAUGGGUUUUUGACCAAUUGCACAAUGGAGAGCCCAUAGAAUUGGAAGAUACCACAGAGAAAGAAAAUGAAUUAGCUAAAAAGAUGCUCAUGGUCGCAUUAUGGUGCAUACAAAUGAAGCCCAAUGAUCGCCCUUCAAUGAGUAGAGUUAUAGAAAUGCUUGAAGGGGAAGUUGACUGCUUGCAAUUGCCUCCGAGACCUUUUUUAACAUCAAUGGAGAGAUCAACAGACGAUAUCUUGGAUAUUUCAACUCAAAGUUUAUCUUCAAUUAAAUGGGGUGAAUCAAGCCAAUCUACAUGUAAUCAUUUUAUAGAGAUUAAAUGAUAUGUUUAUCUCUAAAUUCAAACUCGAAAACCAGCAUCCCUACCCAAAGAGUACACCAAGUCUUCUCAAUAUUUGAUAGCACAAAGAUGUUUUGUACUUGUAUGUAACAAGUGUUCUUUUAGAUAGUGAUAGCUGUUCUCAUUCA